AUGGCCGCCCCAACCAUCUCGACCAUGAUUGACCCGACCAAACAGGCCGAGUACCCCAUUGUUCUAGGGGAAAGACUGGCCAACGAUACAGCGUCCAGUCGAUUGAUCAAUGUGAAUUAUAACUACAAGACCAAGUCCGCAACACCAAACCAGCGUUCGACCAUCACACCUUCCUCCCUGUCGCGCGAUCUCUACGACCUUUCCGUCACCGAUAAGGCCCCGGGUGCCGAUCACAACUUGACGUAUGCCUACCAGGGCAGUGAGGACCCUACCGACGAACGCAACCUGGUCUUAGUGUUUGACCCCGACCGCAAGGUUUUUGUCCUAGAGUCAGUUUCGACGAAACUGAACUUCAACCUUCGAUCUCGACCUGGAAAGACCGAGAAGGAAGUUCGCCACGAGAACCUGGAGCUUCUCCCGGUGUACCAUGAAGACGAUCACACCUCCUCAGACGAUCGCAACGCUGGUAACACAAGUGAAGACGAAGGCCAGGCUGAUGACAAUAACCCCUAUGACUUCCGUCAUUUCCUCCGAAAGGGCGGCGCGGAGAACCAGCCGGCCUCGGUAUCUACCGCCACCACUCCGGAGUCUGUCUACACCAGUAAGGCGACCACGCCAGUCUUCCAGGCCUCCAAGCCCGCUCCAGUCUCCAAACCAGCCCCGGUCUCAGCCCCGAAGCCGAUGUCUCCGCUCCAACCAACUCAAACCCGCCCCGGUCAACUCCAGAGCCGCCGGCCGCGCCCACCCCCCCGCGUGGACCCACAGGAUCAUGAAGACACCCGGUCUAUUCUCUCCGAUGCCGGCACUGGCUCUGCAUCACAGCAGACUAUUCAAUCUCCAAACUCUAACAUAAUUGUUGAUGGGGACCUCAUCAUCGACAUGGGUUCGCCACCUCCGUCUCGGGCCUUCAAGGUGAACCCGGCCUUUUUCUCAUCUAACAACACCCCGACCGAUGAUCGAGAUGAAGAUGAAGAGGAGGAGGAAGAGGAUGAAAUGGAUAGUUUCCGUCUUCCUUCUCCUGCUCGAAACACCAACCCUCCACCCAUGGAUGACGAUGACUUUGAUCCUCUGGCGGCAGAGAUGGAAGCAGCCUUUGAGGAGACUGCUCGUGAAGAGCAAGUCGCGCCUCGACAAUAUACGCAGACUUCGACCUCGGCGCGGUACAAUGUGCCAAGCGACGACGAGAGUGAGGUCAGUGAAGAAGAGUAA